AUGAUUGUGCGCACCGCUUCUCGUCUCUCUGCCCGAUGGCCGGCAGCGUUGCUGGAAGCCUCGCGUGUAUUGCCUUCCUCGGGCGCGUGGGUGUCUUGCUGGAGUGCAUUCUUCAAUGAACUGCAGCUGCAAGAAGAGUCGCACAGAGGCGGCACGGAUGAGGCAGGCAACGCGAAGUUCGACGUGGUGCCGGCGCCGCUGCUUAGGUCCAUUGCACAGCAUUGGGUAGACGAAGCGCUCCUUGCGGUGGUAUCUGUCCGUCUCGCCGAGGUGUAUUCGCCGGCGCGCGCAAGCGCCUUGAAAGGGGUGUGCGAGACUGCAGUGAUCCCGUCGGGAGGGCUGGAGUCGCUGCUGGCCACGUGGAGUGCGCACAUGCUGCUCUCUGUACUUCACGCACCGCGCCAGGCAUCGAUCGCCCCAUCAUCACACAAGAUUCAGAGCUGCAGGUAUGCAGCAUCCGACACCGUCAGCGCAGCGCUGGCGGACUGUCUGGAGAAGGACGUAGCCCCUGUUCUCCGCUACCUGACUGCGUUUGGAGCGCCACCGGUGUCCAAGCCUACGUCACAUCAGCGCCAUCACGUGGCUGCAUCAACGCGCGCUUUACGGCAUGCGCUGGUGCUGCUCCUCUCCAGUUUCGUGACGACGUGGCGUGAGGCGCCGUCGCGUGAAACGCCGCCGCCCCCGGGGGCGACGACUUUGACCGGAGAGGAGCGCGCUCUGGCACUGGAGUUUUGCCGUUGUAUCGCCGCGCUCACUGAAAACAACACGGGCUUGGUGAGCAGCGUGACAGGAGAAUGCCCUGGCGAUGCCAGUGCACACGCUCACUCGCGUGAUGCCCGCGCAGAGGCGACGGGGUCGCACGUCACCUCGCUGGAGGCGGUAACCGGGGCUCAGUUUGCGCUGGUAAAGGACGCCCUUGCGGACAUGCUGGCCCCUGAUCACCACAGCGACGGCAGCGCGGCGAGCACUCCUGUUCGCGCGAGGGACUCUGCAGUGGGUAAUGGUCCUCUGUGGAGGGCUUGCGAGGCGUGGAUCGCUGGUGCCGUUGGCACCGCAGUGGGUGUCAGUGCAGCCUCAUCGCCUUCACCCUUCGCCGGCAUCACCGACGCACGCCGGAAAGACGAGGAGACUGUCGACCUUCUCGAGCGUGUGAACGAUCAGCUCAACCAGAUUGCCCGCGGCAGCGCCGUGAACGCCGCGUCUCGUCAAUGUGGAAAGAGCGCUGCCCUGCCGCGUGGCAAAUAA